AUGAUCGCUACUCUACUGACUCGUGCGGAUGCAGCCCUGUACCAGUCUCCUUUGGCGGGGAAAUUCAUCUCCACAAGGAGUUUCAGCACGCGCGUCGCUGUCAAGACCAACGAGUACGAUGUUGUCAUUGUCGGGGCGGGCGUCAUCGGUUCCUCCACCGCGUUGCACCUGUCGAAAAAACUGGCGUCGAAGAAAACCCCGACUCGUAUUCUCGUCGUGGACCGAAGAAGCGAAAUCGCCGCCGAGCAGUCCAGCAAGUCAUGGGGCUUCGUGCGCGUGCAGGGUCGGGACUACCGAGAAAUCCCGCUGAUGCUCGAGGCGAGGGAUUUCUGGAAGAACCUCGGCGCGGAGGUCCAGUGGCAGCAGACGGGGCACAUUGCGUUAUACGACAGAGCCGAUGCGCAGAAGGCGGGCCGAGUGAGGAACUGGGCUGAAUACGCAAUUCAGCACUUUGGAGUCAAGUACGAGAUCCUGAACGAAGGGACGACAAGGCAAGAAACGCAAGACGCACGAGAUGAGCUCCACAAAUUGCUGCCAACCUUACGAAACCCAGGUCAAUACGGGGCGUGUUUCACACCAGAAGACGGGAACAUUGAUCCGAGGCUGGGGACGGAGGCGCUGGCAAAGAGAGCGCAGAGCGGAGGGGCGAGCUCCUCCUGUAGUGUCGAGUUUCGACUGAAUACAGAAGUGCAGGGAGUUUCACAGGACCACAAUGCACGAAUCUCCCUGAAGCUCGGAACAACUCCUACCGCGACAGAGCGUAUCACUGCGAAAUCUCUUGUGAUCGCGACUGCCGGGUGGGCGCCCGAGUUUCUGCGCGCCAACAAGCUUCCUACGUACCCGAGCCUGCGGCUGCACGCGAGUGCGGGGGAGUUGAUGAUGAAAAAUACCGACAACCUCAAAAGCGAGACCGACCACCCGACGGUCUGGUACCAUGGGUUGUCUUUCCGAAAACACAAGCACAUAGCAAGCUCCCCUUCACAGAAUAAAUCGGCUGCGAGCAGUUCCUUCACUUUUACUUUCGCAGACGGGGGCGCCGCGGAGGAACACGACUUUGGCUUGGAAUCCGUCCUGUACGGCUGGCGAUUUCUCCCGCACCUGAAGGACUUUUACAGUCAGACGAAUCUGAAGUUUCGCCCGGAAAGCUUCCCGUCACCAAGGAUAGACAAGUGCCCGGACGCGAAUGAGAAACGACUGGAGAAGGCAGUGGCUAAGUAUCGGAACAUGUUUGGAGUACUACACGGAAGCACUAGUGGAGCGCAAACGCCGCCGGUCAUCGAAAUGUCGAAAUCUUGGGCCGGUUGGAUCGACAUCACGCCAGAUAUGAUCCCGGUGAUAGACUACGUACCAACGAAAGAAGAUUAUCGCAAAAAUACAACCAGCAACAUUGUCAUCUCCUCUGGGUACAGCGGUCAUGGGCUCGGACUAGCACCAGCCGCAGGGCGACUGACCGCUGAUUUGGUCGUGGCAAGUUUGAUGCCAACUGGCACUCCAGAUGAAAUGGAGUCUUUGAAUGUUGAAAAGGUAAAAGAGGAAGCAUACCCAUUCAGAUUUUCCAGGUUCCAAGAACAGUGGUUUCAUUCUAUUCAGAGUUUAGUUUAGGCUAGGACUUUCACCAAACGAGUUGGAUUUUUGGUUUCGAUGUUGUUUGGCUGGUGCGUUUUUGUGCAUAGUUGUACAGCCUUCAAGAGUUUUUGCUUGCUGUUGAUGUGCAGAUCUUUCCACAAUUUUGCAAAGUGAGGAUUUGAUGUUGUUGUUUCCAGUGCCACAAACAAGAAGUGUAAGUGACCCAACGGUGGUCUGCGUCGAGCAGUUUGAGCCAAGAAAACGAAGUGACGAAAUUUGGAUGUUGCCUCAAGGUCG